AUGGCAAGCUGCUCCUACCGCAUCAGCUGGGGCUGCGGGGUGAGGAACUUCAGCUCCUGCUCUGCCGUGGUGCCCAAUCCAGGGGCUUACAGCUGUGUCAGUGCCAUGGCCCACUGUGGGGCUGGUCCUGGGGGGCUGGGUUACAGACGCCUUGGGGGCUUUGGCAGCAGGAGCCUGUGUGUGGUGGGCUCCCCCAAGGUGGCAGUGAGUUGCCAAUGGCCCAGUUUUGGCUACCGGGCAGGGGGUCUUUGUGGGCCCAGUCCCCCCAGUAUCACCUCCGUGUCCGUCAACGAGAGCCGGCUCACGCCCCUCAACCUGGAGAUCGACCCCAAUGCUCAGUGCGUGAAGCACGAGGAGAAGGAGCAGAUCAAGCGCCUCAACAACAAGUUUGCUUCCUUCAUCGACAAGAUGGGUGUGCAUUUCUUGGAGCAGCAGAACAAGUUGCUGGAGACCAAGUGGCAGUUCUAUCAGAACCACAAGUGCUGCCAGAGCAGUCUGGAGCUGCUGUUCGAGGGCUACAUCGAGACCCUGAGGCGGGAGGCCGAGUAUGUAGAGGCUGACAGUGGGAGGCUGGCCUCGGAGCUCAACCAAGUGCAGGAGGCGCUGGAGGGCUGCAAGAAGAAGUAUGAGGAGGAGCUGGCCCUGAGGGCCACAGCUGAGAAUGAAAUUGUCCUGCUGAAGAAGGACAUAAACAGUGCCUAUCUGCGCAAGGCAGACCUAGAGGCCAAUGUGGAGCCACUGAGGGAGGAGGCCAUCUUCCUGAGGACCCUCUACGAGGAGGAAAUCCUCAUCCUUCAGUCACAAAUCUCUGAAACCUCAGUGGUGGUGAAGAUGGACAACAGCUGGGAGCUCAAUAUGGACAUGGUCUUGGCUGAGAUCAAGGCUCCGAAGGAUGGUAUUGCUAGACGCAGCCGGGCUGAGGCCAAGUCCUGGUACCAAACCAAGUGCGAGGAGAUGAAGGCCACAGUAACCCAGAAGAGUGAGAAUCUUUGCAAAAGCAAGGAUGAGUUCAACCAGCUGAACCGCAGCAUCCAGUGGCUGACGGCAGAGGUGGAGAACGCCAAGCAGCAGUGUUGCAAACUCGAGGCUGCCAUAGCCGAGGCAGAGCAGCAGGGCGAGGUGGCCCUGAAUGCCCGCUGCAAGCUGGCUGAGCUGGAGGGCGCCCUGCAGAAGGCCAAGCAGGACAUGGCCUGCCUGCUCAAGGAGAACCAGGAGGUGAUGAACUCCAAGCUGGGCCUGGACAUCGAGAUCGCCACCUACAGGCACCUGCUGGAGGCUGAGGAAAACCGGUUGUGUGAAGGCGUGGGAUCAGUCAACAUCUGUGUGAGCCGUUCCCACGGUGGUGUGGUCUGCGGAGACCUCAGUUCCACUGUCUCUCGUGGCCUAGGGGGCAUGGCCAUUGGUGGAGGUGCCUUGUUCUCCCCUUCUGUAGUGGGGGCCUGUUCAAGUGCAAGAUCUAUGUGGUUUGCAUAG